AUGAACUCUAUCUUGCAGUGUUUAUUUUCUAUUGGAAAGUUUAUGGCGUAUUUUGAAUCUGGACAGUAUCUAUCCCAUUUUAAUUUACAAAGUAGCACCAAGGGAUUGAUUGCAAAAACAUUUGGCGAGUUUGUAAAAAACAUCAACCAUGUCGAUUCAGCAGGACGUGGCAAAAUAGCAUCGCCGUUACUAUUAAAACGUCAAAUCGAACUGUUGGCUCCGCAGUUUAGCGGUUACAAUCAGCAUGAUUCACAAGAAUUUUUACGGUUUUUGCUGGAUGGAUUACACGAAGACGUGAAUACUGGACGACCAACAAAGUUUUCCUAUACCGAUGAACAGUAUGAUCAACUGACAACCAGGCAAAAGACAAUCGUGUCAUGGAAUAGAUACAAAAAGUUCAACAACAGUCCAAUAUGUGAUAUUUUUAGUGGCCAACUUCAAAGUACUGUAACAUGCCUUGAAUGCCAGACCACAUCCACCACAUUUGAUACAUUUUGGGACAUUUCGGCUCCUUUGAUCUCAUCGAAUUUGCAAAUAGACCAAGAUGGUGUGACUCUUGAUCAAUGUCUAGAUUCAUUUUUCGAGGCUGAAAAACUAGAUACAUAUCGAUGUGGUAAAUGUAAAUGUGACACAUUGGCCAUCAAGCAACUUGGAAUCUCACGUCUUCCAUCGGUGCUUGUUAUCCAUUUAAAACGGUUUCAGGUUUUGCCCUUGACAGAUAUACCAAGCCGUAAGCUUCAUACAAUGGUGACGUUUCCCAUACAUCAGUUUACAAUGAAUGCCUACACUUCUGAACUCACUUCAGCAGAGUAUGACUUGGUUGCAGUAUCAAACCAUUCUGGUGAAUUGCAUGGCGGACAUUACACUUCUCAUACGCGCAAUACAGAUACAGGCCAUUGGCAUUUGUGGAGUGACUCGAUCGGAAGCCAAUGCAAUGACCUCGAGUUUGGUCAAAGUAGAGAUGCUUAUGUUUUGUUUUAUCAAUGCACAAGCAUGUAG